GGGACUGAAUGAAAGAGACUGAAGUUCUGAUGAGAGCCGAACCGAGGGACGUCUGCAUCAAACUCUGAGGAUUUCAGCACGAUUUCAGCUUGAUUAACUAGUUCAUUAGCUGAGUUACUGUAGGGCGACUGAUGAAGAGGAGGAGGAUGAAGGUGCUGUGGCCGUUUGCAGUGAUUUUCUCCUCACUGGUUUGUGUGGAGACUCAGCAGAGAGGUCUGUUUCCUGCUAUCCUGAACCUCGCCAGCAAUGCCGAAAUCACCACGAAUGCCACGUGUGGUGACCCGCUUCCCGAGAUGUUCUGUAAACUGGUGGAACACGUUCCAGGAAGACGGAUCCGUAACCCUCAGUGUCGGCUCUGUGAUGCAAACAGCCAGAAUCCCAAAGAGCAACAUCCCAUUACUUACGCCAUCGACGGCACCAACCAGUGGUGGCAGAGCCCGAGCAUCAAGAACGGCCCUCAGUUCCACUGGGUCACAACCAACACGCACUCACUAGACGCAAGGCAGGUCUUCCAGGUGGCGUACAUCAUCAUCAAAGCAGCGAACUCUCCGCGGCCCGGGAACUGGAUCCUGGAGCGUUCUCUGGACGGAGUGGACUUCCAGCCGUGGCAGUACUAUGCCAUCAGCGACACCGAGUGUCUGACCCGAUACAACAUCACGCCCCGCCUCGGGCCACCCACCUACAAGAGAGACGACGAGGUCAUCUGCACGUCCUACUACUCACGCCUGGUGCCGCUGGAGCACGGCGAGAUCCACACGUCUCUCAUAAACGGCCGUCCCAGUGCAGAUGAUCUGACCCCAGAGCUGCUGGAGUUCACUUCCGCUCGAUUCAUCCGCCUGCGUCUGCAGAGAAUUCGAACGCUCAACGCCGACCUCAUGACCCUCAGCUACCGCGACCCCAAAGAUGUGGACCCCAUCGUCACCCGGCGGUAUUAUUACUCCAUCAAGGACAUCUCGGUGGGCGGGAUGUGUAUCUGUUAUGGCCACGCCCAGAGCUGCCCCUGGGACCCUGUUACCAAGAAGCUGAAGUGUGUGUGUGAGCACAACACUUGUGGCGAGAGCUGUAAUGAGUGUUGCCCUGGAUACCAUCAGGAGCCAUGGCAACCUGGAACGCUUUCCGACGGAAACACAUGCGAGAAGUGUAACUGUCACAACAAGGCUGAGAACUGUUACUACAACCAGACGGUGGCAGAUCUGCGUCUGAGCGUGAACACACACGGCCAGCUUGUGGGAGGAGGAGUGUGUGUGAACUGCUCUCAGAACACAGCGGGAGUGAACUGCCAAACCUGUGCGGACGGAUACUACAGACCACACCAGGUGUCUCCGUACGCUGAUGACCCAUGUGUGGAGUGUCAGUGUGACUCGAGAGGUUCUGCGAGUCCCGUCUGCAUCAGAGACGAUAAUCACUCGGACCCCGGCGCAGGUCUGACCGCCGGUCAGUGUUUGUGUAAGGAGGGUUUUGCGGGGGAGAAGUGUGACCGCUGUGCGUUUGGAUUCAGAGAUUUCCCACAAUGCACUCGCUGCGAGUGUAACCUUGCUGGAAGCCACAACGUCGACCCCUGCAGCGAGUGUGUGUGCAAGGUGAAUGUGAUGGGCUCUAACUGUGAUCUGUGUAAGCAGGGCUUCUAUAACCUGCAGGCCAGUAAUCCUGAGGGCUGCACCGAGUGCUUCUGUUUCGGAGUCUCAGAUGUGUGUGAGAGCUCCACCUGGUUCAGCAGCUCGGUGGAGCACAGAGACGGCGUUCUCCUCCGAUCUCUCCAGAGCUCCAGCGUCUUCACGUCUCCUGUCUCAGACGACAACCUCAUCAUCUCUAACCUCUCGGCGUCCGUAGGAGUCCGGUCCGUCCGGUCCGUGUGGUCAUGGGCCGCGCCCGAGUCCUUCCUCAACAACAAGAUAACAUCAUAUGGAAGUUUCCUGAACUACAGCGUUGCUUAUGACACGUCUGAGGAAAACGUGGACCGGACGCUUCAAGCUCAUUUCAGCGUAAUUAUUGAGGAUAACAACCGAACGAACCCCCAGCCACGCUCCUCCCACCCACCGCUGAGCGCUCACACCGAGCAGCGCGGCUCGCUCCGGAUGCUGCCGCACACACUCAUCGACGCUCGCAGCGGCAGCCGCGUUCAGAGAGACGAGCUGAUGACGGUGCUGGCGGACGUGGCUGCGCUCAGGGUUCGAGUUCAGCUGGAGGACAGCGUCGAGGGAACGCUCAGGUUGAGUUCGGUGUCUUUAGGUGUUGGAGACACAAACUCGGGUCUCUCUAAAAUCCCUCUGGAUGUGGAGCAGUGCGAGUGUCCGUGGGGUUAUUCUGGCACUUCCUGUGAGUACUGUAUUCCCGGGUUUUAUCGGGUCGGUGGGAUUCUGUUCGGAGGAAACUGUCUUCAGUGCGAGUGUAACGAUCACACAUCAAAGUAUAACAUCAACUAAGACAGAGAAUAAGGUCUUAGUUUAGAGCAGUUCUUCCAGUGAAAGGAGGCUGUUAAACCCUCUGUGUGUGUGUGUGUGUGUUCUCUUCAGGGCUGUGCGCACAACACCACGGGGCCUCACUGCGAUCACUGCAUGCUGGGUUUCUAUGGCGACGCCAGCGAGGGCACACCGGACGACUGCCAGAGAUGUGCCUGUCCACUGACACUGGAGUCCAACAAUUUCAGCCCCUCGUGUGUGCUGCAGCGUCCCGGUGAGUUCACGUGUGAUCAGUGCCAGCUGGGAUACGCAGGAGACAAGUGUGACAGGUGUGCUGACGGUUACUAUGGCGACCCCGCGGAGCCGGGCCGGCGGUGUUCGGCGUGUGAGUGUAACGGUAACGUGGAUCCGGCCGAAGCGGGUCACUGCGACGGACGCACCGGAGAGUGUCUGAAGUGUUUGGGUCACACAGGGGGUCUGCACUGCGAGCGCUGCGUCCACGGUUUCUACGGAGACGCCGUGACCCUCAAAAACUGCCAGGCCUGUGGUUGCCAUGGUAACGGCUCUCUGUCCACCGUGUGUCACGUGAUCACGGGUCAGUGUGAGUGUAAGGUCAACGUGAUCGGACACACCUGUGACCGCUGUCAGGCGGGUUAUUACGGCAUCAGCAGCGGCGAUGGCUGCAGACUGUGUGAAUGUAACCAAUCAGGCGCUCUGUCUGCGUCAUGUGACGAGGAGGGGCGGUGCCAGUGCGUCACUGGAGUGGCGGGUGAUAAAUGUGAGCGCUGUGAGCGCGGAUACUACAGCUUCACCGAGAGCGGAUGCACACCGUGUGACUGCGCACACACACACGGGAACUGUAACGCACACACAGGAGAGUGUAUCUGUCCUCCACACACACUCGGCCUGAAGUGUGAGGAGUGUGAGGAAGGUCACUGGGGUCACGACGGCGAGUCCGGCUGCAAGGCGUGUAACUGCAGUGCCGAGGGCUCGAGUUCGUCUCAGUGUGACCUGCAGUCGGGUCAGUGUCGCUGCAGGCAGCACUUCUCCGGUCUCAGGUGCGACCGCUGCGCUUUGGGCUACAAAAACUUCCCAGAAUGCACCGCCUGCAACUGCAGCCCCAGCGGCACGCGAGAGGAGUUCUGCGACCCGGCGCUGGGAGUGUGUGGAUGCCCGGAUCACGGCCGCUGCUCCUGCAAGGAGAACGUUGGCGGCGGCGGCUGUGACGAGUGUAAGAGCGGGACGUUCGGUCUGACGGCGCAGAAUCCCGCCGGAUGCAGUCCGUGCUUCUGUUUCGGUGUGUCCAGCGUCUGCGAGGAGCUCGGCGGAUUGGUCCGAGUGCCGAUCACGCUGGGCUCUGCUCCGCCUCUUCUGCGUGUCGUGUCUCAGAGUGACCUGCAGGGGACGCUGGAGGGCGUUUCGUACAGCGAUCAAGAGAUGCUGCUGGACGCGUCUCACCUCCACAGUCUGUCCAUCCUCACUGCGCCGUAUUACUGGAGACUCCCACACAAAUACCACGGUAACAAGCUGCUGUCGUACGGAGGGAGACUGUCCUUCACCGUGGUGUUCUCCGCUCUGGACGGCGUGGGUCUGGCCAAUCACGAGCCUCAGGUGAUGAUGAGGGGAGGACACCUGCGCAGGCUGGUCAUCUACACCGAGCUCCCUGCGCCUGAGAACGGCGUCCGCACCAGACACGAGCUCCCUCUGACCGAGCACACGUGGAAGUAUUUCAACUCUGUGUCUGAUGAAGCCGUGAGUCACGCAGACUUCAUGUCAGUGCUGAGUAACCUGGAGUACAUCAUCAUCAAAGCAUCGUACGGCUCAGGACUGCAGCAGAGCAGGAUCUCUAAUAUCUCGAUGGACACGGCGCUGGAGGCGGAUGAGGCUCCUCAGGGAGCAGACGUGGCGCGGCUGGUGGAGACGUGUGAGUGUCCGCUGGGAUACGCUGGACUCUCCUGUCAGGAGUGUGCUCCGGGGUUUUACCGUCAGGCCGUGUCUGAGCUCAACGUGAAGGGCAGAAGCCGUCCGCUCAUGUCAUGUGACCUGGACACGGGCGAGUGUCUGGGUAUUAUGGGUCAGGGUGAUGCACAAAAAACGAAGGACAACACCGCAGGAAGAGCACUGCCACGUGUGCGGCUCAGCAGGUAUUAUGGGAUUCUGCAGGGAUUUUCACCAGAUGACUUGAAUAGUUUUGUGCGCCUGUCCACUUCGGGGUCAGAGACUCGUGCACUAACUCUCUCUCCCGUGUCCCGCAGGUGUUCGGUGGGUUACUAUGGUAACCCGUCUGAGCCGGGUGGGCGGUGCCAGGUGUGCAGGUGCAGCGGGGCGGGGUCAGUGCACGGCGUCUGUGACGGACGCACCGGGAGCUGCGAGUGCAAGGUCGGGGUCAGAGGUCAUCUGUGUGACCAGUGCGAGGAGAGACACGUGCUGGUCAGCGAGCAGUGUGUGUCGUGUGAUGACGGCUGCACCGGAGUGCUGCUGGACGAUCUGGACGCUUUAGACGGGUCCAUCGCCUCUCUGAACCUGUCGGGGGUCAUUCUCGCGCCCUACAGCCAGCUGAUGACCCUCGAGAACCAGACCAGAGAGGUCAAGAGUUUGAUGUCAUGGGAGCAGAGCACAGAUUAUCAGCUGACCGCAGGAGAGGGAGGGAUGUGUGAGCAACAUGACACUAUCACACAUCACUGUAUCCAUGGCAACCGCCGACGACACUCGUCCGUCAUCACCACAUCAACCGCAACCCAACCGCCGACUGAUGCUGUGAAUGUGCUGCUGAUCUCAGAGGAGAGAUUCUCUCAGGGCAAACACCAGCAUGUGGACCUCAUCAAGCCACACAUUAACAUUUCUGCCAUCCACGGUCUGAUGGAGCAGGUGCGUUCAGUGACGGUGACGGAGAGCGAGGGUCUGGAUGAGAUGAACAAUCCCAGACCGUCAGUCACGACACACGUGCCCAGCUCCAGAGACACUUGCGCAGGAAAGAGCUCAGCAGGUCUGCAGGCGUCUGUGCUGGAUCCGACACUCUCCCAAGAAGCCCCGAUCAGGAACGAAUCUGGAAGAUGCAGUCCGUCUCUCAGGAAGCACCAUGAGGCUUUAGUGCUGGACUUGACCAGAAGAGACGUCCCGCAAAAAAUGGUGUACAGAGCCGAGGACUACGCACAAGCCCUAACCAAACAGGCACAAUCUCUGAACGGGUGCGUGACCCUCCGAGAUAUCCCCAAGCCCCAUACACAAACCAACACCAACCUCAGAGAACACACACAGCUGGCUGAAGAUCUGGCCCACGCCGCCAAUCAGAGCGCUAGCUCCGCCCUCAGUCUGACGUCUGAGACUGAGCAGAGGAAGACAGCGCUUCAGAAGAGCUCAGAGAUUCUGGACACCAGCAGAUCCCUGAAGAACCAGACAGAAGGUACACACACACACACACACACACACACACACACAAGCGAGCGUUCCCCCCAUAACUUACGUAACACACAGCUGCUCCCAGAAGCCCUGAACAUCCUGAGGAACCUUCCUAAUGGCAGCAGAGCUGAAGUCCUGGAGGCGAAGCAGCAGGCGGAAGCAGCGAAUGCAUCUGUACAGGAGGCUCUGGAGCGUCUGCAGGAUUAUGGUGUGAAGCUGGACGAGUCGUCUUCUGCUGUGGCCUCAGCUAAUGACAGCAUCAGGAGCACUAACCAGCUGCUCAGAGACUCAGAGAUGACCGCCGCCGCGGUCAGAUCCAGACUGAGCGAGGCUCACCUGAAGACCGAGCGUCUGUUUGACCGUCUGAAGCCCCUGCAGACCGCUGGAGAGAACCUGAGCAGAAACCUGUCGGAGAUCCGAGAGCUGAUCCAUCAGGCUCGCAAGCAGGCGGCGUCGAUUAAAGUGGCCGUUUCUGCCGACCGGGAUUGUGUGCGAGCGUACAGACCAGAGGUGACGUCCAGUAACUUCAACACGCUCACACUGACCAUGAAGACCAACCAAACGAACAACCUCCUCUACAACAUCAGCAGCCACUGCGCCAGCGAUUUUAUGGCUCUGGAGAUGCGUCAUGGGAAGGUGUCUUUCCUGUGGGACACCGGCUCUGGACACACCAGACUAGAGUAUCCCAGCGUUCAGAUCAACAACGACAAGUGGCACAGGAUCAAUGCGACCCGGUUUGGGAGACACGGGACCCUCACCGUCCAGCAGACGGACUCUGAGCCGCUGCCCGCAGUGAAGACCACAGCGUCCGGCUCCUCCAGCGUCAUGGACGUCAACAAAUCCACCUGGGUGUUCGUGGGGGGCCUCGGCGGUCAGGUGAAGAAACCCCCAGCGGUGAGAAUGACCCACUUCAGAGGCUGCAUUGGUGAAGCUUCGCUCAACGAGAACAACAUCGGCUUGUGGAACUACGCUGAGAGACAGGGAGAGUGUGGCGGCUGCUUCAUGAGUCCACGCACUGAAGACACGUCGUUCCACUUCGACGGCAGCGGUUUCUCUGUGCUGGAGAAGUCCCUGCGCUCCAUGUCCACCAGCGUGGUCAUGUUCUUCAAGACUCUCUCUCCUAACGGCCUGCUGCUGUAUCUGGCCUCCAACGGCACCAGGGACUUCCUGUCCAUCGAGCUGGUGGAAGGGAAGGUUCACCUGACCUUUGAACUGGGAUCCGGAGCGCUGACCAUGACCUCCAACAGAACAUACAACACCGGCACCUGGUACAGAAUCGCCCUGCAGAGGAACAAGCGCAGAGGUCAUUUGUCGGUGAUGGCCGCUGAUAACCCCUCUGAGCGAGAGGUCAUGGAGGCGGAGUCACCGGGUUCAUCCUCUGACCUCAAUCGCUCCGACCUCGACCCCAUCUACAUCGGUGGAUUACCGGCCUCUCGACCAAUCAGGAGGCAGGUCGUGGCUCGCUCUUUCGUCGUCUGUAUGAAGAACGUGGAAAUCGCUAGAACAAACUUCGACCUGCUCCGAGAGUCGUACGGAGUGAAGAAAGGCUGCGUCCUCAAGCCCAUCCGCAGCGUGUCGGUGUUCGGCGGAGGUUUUCUGCAGAUGCCCGCCGUCCUCGUGGCUCCUCACACGGAGCUCAUGAGCAGCUUCUCCAGCAGACGAGAGCGCGGCGUGAUCCUGGCGGGAUUCAGCAGGAGCGCGGGACGCUCGCGGCGACACACACAGCAGCCGUUCCUGCUCGUGAUGCUGGUGUCCGGAUCGCUGGAGGUUCACGUGGGCGUGGCCGAGGGCGGGGCCGUGCACAGAGCAGUCGUCAAAUCACAGAACGGCUCCUUCAGUGAUGGACAGGAGCAUUCGCUCAUACUGCAGAGGAACAAAAGGUCCAUCGCAGUGUUUGUGGACGAGCAGAACCAGGCGACGGUGAAGCUGGGCUCGUCUGCUGAUAAACCUCUGGCUCUGGAGCGGCUCUUCAUCGGCGGCGUUCCUCCAGGAGAAGGUGCUGCGCUCACGGGAUCCAGCGGCUCCUUCUAUGGCUGCAUCAGGAACACGGCGGUGGACGGCAUGCUGCUGGAUCUGUCCUCUGCUCUGCGCUAUGAGGACGUGGACAUGGACAGCUGUUUACUGGAGGAGAGACCCAAACGUGUGGUUCUGCCUGAUGAGCUGGAGGCGGAGCCGACCUCUGACCCCGCCACGCGACCCCUGUCACCCCCGGUGGAGCUGAGCGCACUCACACCCGGCAGCAGCAGCUGUGCGGCAGCGGAUCACACAGAAACCAUCCCAGAAUCCCUGCAGUUCGGUCUGUCCCGACACAGUCACGUGAUCAUGGGCUUCAAGAACAAGACCGUCAGAACCAGUUUUGCGGUGAAGCUGUCGGUUCGGACGUUCGCUCGCAGCGGCGUUCUCUUCUACAUGGCCAACGCAAACCAGCAGGAUUACGCCGUUCUGCAGGUGCAGGGGGGGCGUCUGCAGCUGUCAUGUGACCUGGGGAAAGGCCCCGCCCACGUCACGCUGACCACACCCAUCAACGACGGCCUCUGGCACACCGUGAAGGCCGAGUUCAGUAAGAAGACGGUGAUGGUCAGUGUGGACGGGACUGAAUCUGACCGCACACCCACUAAAGGACACACGCUGGACGUGGAGGGGAAGUUGUACCUCGGCGGACUUCCUGCCACAUACACGGCCAGGAGAAUCGGAAACGUGACACACAGUCUGGCGGCGUGUGUGCAGGACGUGAUGUUCAGCGGCGUCCAGAUGAACCUGAGCGCUGCGCUGUCGUCUCACGCCGCCGGGUCCUGCUUCAGACGCGCUCAGAGCGGCAGCUUCUUCAGCGGCAGCGGAUACGCCGCUUUCAUGAAAGAGGGCUAUAACGUGGGCUCGGACCUCACCGUCAGUCUGGACUUCCGCUCCACGGCGCCGGACGGGGUUCUGUUGGGAAUCAGCAGCACUAAAGUAGACGCCAUCGGCCUGGAGCUCGUCAGCGGACAGGUGGUGUUUAACGUGAAUAACGGCGCGGGCCGCAUCACGGCGAGGAGCAGGAGCGCUGUGUCCAUGUGUGACGGCCGCUGGCGGACCCUGGUGGCCAAGAAGCAGAAGCACAGCUUGAGUCUGACCGUAGACGGCGUGACGGUGACCGCGGAGAACCCGUACUCUUCCUCCACCUCAGCCGAGACCAAAAACCCCAUCUAUGUGGGCGGAUACCCAGCGGACGUGAAGCAGAACUGUCUGAGCUCCAGAGAGCCGUUCCGCGGCUGCAUGAGGAACCUGCGUGUCUUUAAGGGUCACGUCUCCGAUGUGCUGGACUUCAGCGCCGCCUUCGCUCAUCCGCACGUCUUCCCUCACUCCUGCCCGGACACCGCUGCUUAAACCCCUCCGGUGCAGACAAACACCGCUCAGUGCUGAGAACGCUUCUAAUAGUUCUGCAGAUAGUUUGUGAAUUUAGACUCAUAGCAGGUUUAGAUGUGAUACUCGUUCAGGGUUCCUGCGGGUCUUUAAUCACUCUUCCACGAGUGUUAAAACAGAGCAGAGAGGCUUAUAUUCAGUACAAAUAUCUAAACAUCUUUAAAUCAACACACUGGAGAUCUGAGAAGUUUUUAAAUCAAGGGAAAACUUAUCAAUACUGUAUGAAAACAUUUGUUUUCCCUUUGAAUUACGUUUAGCCUUUUGUCAGGUUUUUCUUCUUGUUUUAAUCAUAAGAUCAUUUUUAUCAGAUUUUUAGAAAACAAGACUUCUUAUCUAAUCUCAUUUUGCUUCUCAAGUAAAUAUAUCUUGAUUUAAGAAUCAGUUGUACUGGAAGAAUAUAGUGAGGAGGAAGAGUGUGAAAGACAAUUCCAUAUUCUAGUGUUUGAAAGCAGAGUUGUUGUUGUUUUGUGAAAUGAAUUAAAGUAAUGGAGGUCUGUUGGAAGUUGUGUUAAUAAAUGCUGAAGUGUUGCUAA